AUGUUGGCAGCUCGUGAUCAGGAGAAUCGGGUGCUAAACCGCCAACAGGCAGCCAAACCCCCCGGAGCGAGGUACCCGAAGACACCACUGAAAGUCCCUCUGAACGAUGAGAAUGCCACGCAUGCUGUCGGAGGUGCUAAGAGCAUCCUUGGUGGCCGGACACAGGGCAACGAGAAUGCCAUGACUUCCAAGGGGGGCAAGGGCGGAGACAAGUCGAACUUCGUCACUCCCAUGCAGGGGCGCGCAAGAGCCGUCCUCGGAGACAAGACGACCAACGCGAAAGGCAAAGCCCUGCAGACGGGCAAUGCCAAGAGCACCGUUCGGGAGAUCGAGAAGACUCAGACCAAAGCCCCAAACACCGUCAGACCAAAGCAGAAGCAGCCGCAAACCGAAUCACACAAGUUGCAAGUCCAUGCCGAAGAGACAGGCCCUUUGACUGAAGAGGAGGAAGUCGAAUACUGUCCUCCGAGCCCCAAGGAUCUGCCGUACGAAUCUGAUGUCUUCCCUGACGGAGUCCUAACCUUUGAUGCUCUUAAGCCCGAGAACAUGUUCAAGGGCUACUAUGCCCACUACUUCAACCCUGUCGAUGAGCAUGGUGUCUCUUUGGCAGACAAAGAAUUGGAAGCGAAGACCAAAAAAGCUUUACAGGAAGGCGAGAGACGGAUUCAGGAGAACAUGGAUAGCCUUGAGUGGUCCGUCGAGGGCGAGUUUGACUUGGCUACCAUGAAUGCGAAGAAAGCCGCGAUCCCGGUGAAGGGCCCCGCUGGGGCUACAAUCGGAAAGCAAUCUACUGCUCGCAGACCGUUAUCUACGAUCAGAUCCAAAAAUGCUGCCGAUGCCCUAUCUAUGGACGACACGACCAGGUCUUUGCAGCGAAGAGCAGCCAAAGCUUCGGAAGCUAGAAAACUUCCUACGAAGAAGACAACUUCUUCAUUCGCUAUUCCGACCUUGAAAGCACGACAGCCAAAUGUGCAGCGACCGACCGUAGCUCGAAAGUCUUCCAUGGAGAUCAAGGGUAUCGAGGCAAAGUCGAGAACCACCAUCGGGUACAACAAAGGCCGAACGACUGCUUCGAUACUUGCACAGGGAACCACGAAGCCCAGCAAGCUGGCACCCAAGGGUACGGUUCCCCGCUCUGGCACAACGUUAUCGGACGAUUCGGACAAGACCAUCACACCAGCUAGAUAUGCUCACAAGCAGGCAUCCGCUGCGGCCGAGGACCAACAGUGGAGGGAACGCGUCCCCUUCCUGUCCAUCUUCAGUCCCGAGGAUGAUGACGACGAUGAUGGCGAGCUUGUCCCGGGCGGCCUGCCUUUGGACCUGUGUGAGGAAGACGAGGAAGAGGUCGAGCUGAAGAUCAUCGAUUGA